UUGUUUACAUCGUAAUAUACUGAAGUGCGCGAUUAAUAUCGGGAGUGUCACGCAAAGUGCGCGCGAUUGUCAUUCUGCUAAGUAAUGUGCGUGCAGUUUUAGUUAAUUUCGCAAUGACAAUUUUCGAAAAUGAGUGCAACAAACCUAGAAGAUAAGAAGAGAAGAUAAAAUGAUAGUCUGGGAGAUUAUCGAGCAACAUCGAAACAGCUGUCCCUCUGACGAAGAGAGGAGAGGGCGAAGAAUGCGAGCGCGAGAGGAACGGCGAAUCUGCGGGAUAAAGGAUGCAAAUGCUCGCGCCGGCCAUCAAAAUCUAAUUAACCAAGGAAAGAACGAGCCCGGACGAAAGCCAAAAAGGUCCGAAGAAGAAAAAGGCGGGUUUGGUGAGGCGCGGGCAGGAGGCUUAGCGGUUCCGAAGGUGUCAGAGACCGGCGAAUCGAUGAAAUCGCAGAAGCGAAGAAGACUGUUUCUUCGACGAGAGAGAGAGAGAGAGAGAGAGAGAGAGAGAGAGAGAAAAGGAAUUUUUCGCGAAGGCCAGGAACCCCUUCACCAGGACCCUUCUCGGGGUCUAAAUCUGGGGCCAGGUGGAUCGCGCAAACAGGCAAUCGAAGAUCGAAGUAGUUUCCGAUGUCAACGGCUGCGACCUCCGGUGUCUACCGCGGCCCGUUUCGAAAGAUACCCGGUAGCGCGUUAAUGACUGAUGACCGAGAAACGCGACCAGCAGAGCCGACUGCUGUACGAGAGACUACCUGGUCUUACUUUCCUUCUGCUUCUUCUUUAUACGUCCCUUCGCCUUGGUCCACUGUCUUCGGUCCUUAUUUCUAUAUCGAUGCUUGUCGACCCUUAUUAAUGAGCCGAAGAUAAAUUCGGAGACGCGACACGACCGACGCUGCUUGGGGGAGCGUCUUUCUCAUAUUUCGAGACAAGGGUGAGGAGAGAGCGCGGUGAAGGGUGAUCUGCAUCAUUAGAAUUAACGAGAGCCCACCGAUCUCUUAAUGGAUGCGCACAAGUGGCAACGAAUGUUUUAUCCGGUGACUUAUUACUCGCGUAGAGUAAACGCAUCAGUCCAACUGAGAGAACCUUUUAACCUCUGAAUUGUUCUAUUGUUCAUGUUUAAUCAAAUAAAUGACGUUAAACUAACGAUGCAUAGAAAUA